UUGGCUCAGAUCAGGUCUGAUUUCGAGAAGCGAUCAUUGCUCCAGUUGGAACCCCAAAGCCAAGGGGGGAUACUGGGAGUAGAAAGAGCUGUGAUACGAGAGCUUAACACGAUUGCAGCAUCAUGGAAGAAGGAGUUCCGGCGUUUGCAAGAGUCAAGAACUCGGUUCGAGUCGUGACGGAGGCAGCGGUUGGCGAGGAGAGACUGAUCCAUAUCGUGGACAGGAUCCUGGGAGAGAUCGGCCAUGUACGCAGAGAGGAGAUACUGGCCAUUCAGGAUUAUCCCCGAAGAGGAGUCUACGAUGUCACCUUUAUAGGUGAGGGAGUGUUCUCCAGCUUCCUGAAGCUCCUUUCGGAGAACCAGGAAGAUUCUCGUCUAGCUGGGUACCGGAUUUUCCCGCAUUUCGAACAGGAAGAGGUGAUCUUGAUUGUCAAGUCAUACUCUCCUAAUGUCAAGCUGGAGGAAGUGCAGCUAGUGUUGAGCAAGUUUUGCGAAAAACUUGUUUUCGUGGGAAAGGUACUGAACGGGCUGGGAAUCUGGACUUCUAAGUACAGGUUCAAAGCAAAGUUCAAGAAGGACAAGCUACCGCCCGCAAGAUUUCGCCUUGGAACCUGGAGUCUGGAUUGCUUUUUUAACGGCAUGCCGGGCUUUUGCAAGAAAUGCCGAUUAUAUGGGCACAAAGAAGAAGCUUGUAAGGUGUGUCGGAAUUGUGGGGAGACGUCCCACGAUUCGAAAGAUUGCAAGGAACCCAAAAAGUGUAACUUAUGCUUUCAAAGUGGUCAUCUGUAUGCUAACUGUCUGCAAAGAAAUGGAAAGAUAGAGAAAAAAGCUGGGAAAAAAGAAAAUUUGUUUGAAGAUUUGUUUGAAGAGAUCCCACAGUCUAAGGUGGUAGAAGAAGAAAAAUCUACUGCCAAAAGUGAAGUCCUUGUGAAGAGGAAAACUAAGGUAAGAGAGGAGACCUUGGUGAAAACUGACAGUUUGGUGAGUGUUCCUGAAACACCAGCGAAAAAGAAACCGCGUACAAGAGGUGAAAACUUGUAUAGACAUUGGAAGGACAAAACCGAUGAAGAAAUUCGGGAAUAUAUAGCAGGCUGGUCAGAUGAUGAAGAGUUUGAGGAAGUACAUAAGUGCAUCCAAGAAGGACGAGUUACAGGUGACUAUAGAGAAAGAGUUUUGGACUUUAUUAGAAAAUUAAAAUGAAUGUGUUAUGUUGUGUUAUGUUGUACAAAUAAAGCUCUUUUAUGUCAUACGGUUUUAGUGAUGUUGUAAAGUUAUCGUGGGUUUAUCCUACAAGUAACUUUAUUACUGAUAGAAACCAUA